AUGCCACUACGAACCACCUGGGUACAUCAUAAAUGGGCAAUCUUUUAUUGUGCUGUAUCAGCCAUCGGAGCCCUCUGCUAUGGAUAUGACAAUACGUACUACAACGGUGUAUUGGCCAUGCAGGAGUUCAAGAAUGAUUACGGAGACGUCCGUGAUGCCACCGGCAGGCUCGCUCUGUCUUCGUCUUUCCAGUCUCUCACAGCUUCCGCUAUUUACAUUGGCGACUUGCUUGGCGCAAUGAUUGCUGCUCCCCUCAAUGAUCGCUACGGCCGAAAGUCCACGUUCUGGCUGGCUUCAUUCUGCAUAUUCAUCGGCGGCAUUUGUCAAGUCGCAGACACAAUCAGCUCAGAAGCCCUACUUGUGGUCGGACGCAUCUUGAUUGGCCUUGGAGUGGGCCAGUUUACCGUCACUUCAUUGCUGUACAUCGGUGAAGUUGCACCCUUGGGCAUCCGAGGACCAGCACUCAUGUGCUUCCAAUUUCUCCAAUCCUGGUCUCAGUUAUGCGCAUCCGCGAUCAACCAGGGCACCAAGAGCAUCGCAAGCUCUCUGGGAUACCGUAUUCCUAUGGGAGGCCUUGUCAUUCUUCCUCUAAUCAUGGCCGCCCUUCUUCCCUUCAUUCCAGAGAGCCCGCUGUGGUACGUUCUCAAGGGCCGUCGUACAGAGGCCGAGCAAAGUUUUCGCAAGAUCAAUCAGAGCAACCCGAACUACGACCCGUCAGAGGAUAUGGCUACAGCUGAAAAUGCCAAAAAUGUCGAAGAGGAACAUGCCGAAUUCUCUUCAUGGGGAGCCCUGAUAACGGAUCCCAUCGAAAGACGCAAGUUGAUCUACUCGGCUGGAGCCAUGUUCAGUCAGCAGAUCUGCGGCAUUCUGUUUUUCUACGUUUAUGGUGUUGUAUUCGUACAGGCAAUCGGGUUGGGCGACCCUUUUCUCGUUCAACUGAUCACCAACAUUGUUCAAAUCUUCGCCGUGGGCGCCUCUAUAAUCACUGUCAACAAAGUGCGCCGCCGUACCAACCUCAUGAUCACCAACUUGAUGAUGCUGGUGGCCUUCAUCAUUAUCGGCGGCGUGGCGGUCAAGCCGCUUACAUCUUCGACACAAUACGUCAUUGUAGUGUUUUCCUUUGUCGUCGUAGUUGGUUUCAACUUCGGUCUUGGCCCCCUUGCGUACACCGUCGCUCGGGAAAUGGCAGUCGGUCCCAACCAGAACAAGAUCAUGUCUGCGAGUAUCGUCAUUUUUUACCUGACAACCUGGGUGGUCUCGUUCACCGCGCCCUAUUUAUACUACGAUGCUGGACUAGGUCCAAUGGUAGGCUUCGUAUACGCUGGAACGACGUGUCUCUCCAUACUGUGGACAUGGUUUUGUGUGGGCGAAACCGCAGGUAGAUCAAGUUUGGAGAUUUCGAGAUUUUUCACUGAAAGGAUACCCGUCAGAGCUUGGAGGAGUCAUGUAUUCUCGGAAAGAGAAUCCUCGGGAGAAAUGAGCUCAGAAGACAAAGGCAAGGCAACAUCUGUAGCGGCAGCUUUGGCACCAUUCGCGUACCAGCGCAGUGAUAUUGAUGCUAGAUUGACGGGAUUUCCUAUUUCACGAACGUACGUAGGAUGGGGAUGCUCUUUAAAAGGCCUUCGAAUUUUUCCUAGCCCCGGAGUUGCCGGUAUCUCAUCCUCGUGGCGCAUCUUCCACUGCUUGAGAUAUCGGCACUUCAUAGUGGUGCACGAAGCUCAUGAAACGCUGGGUACGCACGUCCGCAUUGGUCCAAACUACGUUUCCAUCUCAGAUCCUCGCGCUGUCUAUGAUAUUUACGGCCACGGUGCCAACAUUCUCAAGGAUGCUUGGUACGAUGGAGGCGCCGGAGAGUUCCGUCAUAUGUCGGACGAAAGAAUCAAGACCAAGCAUCAGAGGAAGCGUAAAUUACUUGCUCAUGUCUUUGCGCAAAAGUCAUUAUCGGAACAAGAGCCCGUCAUUGCUGAAACGAUCCGCACUUUGAUGACACAACUCAGAAAGCAUGCGCAAGAUGAGAGACCAGUCAACAUGCGCCGGUAUUUCAACUACUUCACCAUCGAUGCUUUUUCGACAAUGCUCUAUGGCAGUUCACCCAACUGCUUGGAGCGUAAUAGCGACAUAGUCAACGCCGAAACGCCGGGUGGGAAGGUCUAUCAAGUUCCCUUCAUUCAGUCUUUACUAGACGCCACUCACAUCAACACCGUCCUUGGAAUGGAAGCCGGUCUGUUGCCCUUGACCAGAAAGUUCUUUUCAUGGCAUCCUUACAAGAAGGCUGGCGCGGACUUCGAUAAUAUCAUCUUGCACUGCACCAAGGCGCGUUUCGCAUCCAAAGACAAGGACGGGGAUAUAUUCCAACAGUUGAUGGCUAAGACUAAGGGCGAGCCGGUAAACUUGCCCUUUGGCGAGCUUUUGGCGGAAUGCUCGGUCAUGAUGAAUGCCGGCACGGAAACAACUACGGCCGCUCUAACAAACGCUGUGUACCUCAUCUACACCCACCCUAACGUACUCGAGCAACUUCGAGAAGAACUGGACCCCAUCAUUGUGCAGAAUACCGUACCGAGCUACGACGCCAUCGGCCAGCUGCCGUUCCUCAAAGCCUGCAUUGAGGAAUCCCUCCGCGUUCGACCGGCAAGCUCAAUGGGCUUGCCUAGGGUCGUGCCGGAGGGCGGUCGGGUGAUCGCAGGGCAGUUCGUGAGCGAGGGCGUCACUGUAUCAGUCCCAACCUACACUCUACUGCGGGAUGUCGAGGCUUUCAAGGAUGCUGAGCCAUUCCGACCUCAGCGCUGGAUUGAUGGAAAUAAGGAGAAGAUGCUUAAGGUUCACCUUCCAUUCAGUACGGGACCUCGAGCAUGCAUAGGCAGAAACAUUGCCUACUUUGAGCAGCUCAUGCUCAUCUCAUCUCUGGUACGAAACUUCGAUUUUGCUCUAGCUUCACCGGACCAUGAGUUCAGGGCCUUGGAGCGGUUCAACUCUAACCCAGACGAGCUCUUCCUUCUCUGCAGACUUCGUGAUAUUUGA